CGUGCGGAUGCGGGAGAGAAAUAAAUGAGGAGUCAUAGCGAAGAGGUAUUUCCAGCCAAGGGGAAGGAGCAGGCCUCUCUGAAGGGAGCUGACGUUGGGGAUUACUGGAGCAGAGAGCAACGGGGAGUCUCGUGGGGCUGGCUUCAACCCCGGGCCAGUGUUUAACAUCUGGGCACAGCUGUUUCCCGGAGCCCGUUCUGCUGCUGCGCAUCGGCUUGUUUUGCAGCGAUGGAAUCGAAUGGCACUUUCCUCGCUUGCAACAGCCUGAAGGAUGACAAGGAUCUGAAGUUCCUCCUGAAAGGCAGCCAGCUGCUAAAAGUGAAGUCGGGCUCUUGGAGAAAGGAGCGGUUUUAUAAGCUCCAGGAAGACUGCAAAACCAUAUGGCAGGAAUCAAAGAAGAUGCUGAGGUCUCCAGAGUCACAGAUCUUCUCCAUUGAAGAUAUUCGGGAUGUGAGGUCAGGCCAUAAAACAGAAGGUAUGGAAAAAUACGCCAAGGAUGUCCCAGAGUAUCGCUGCUUUUCCAUCAUUUUCAAAGACCAGCGGAAAAACCUGGACCUCAUUGCAAGUUCAGAGGACGAUGCCAACCACUGGAUCUCCGGUCUUGGGAAAAUCAUAGCCCACAGCAACUCCAUGAACCAGAAACAGAAACUCCAACACUGGAUUCAUACCUGCCUGCGGAAAGCUGAUAAAAACAAAGACAACAAAAUGAGCUUGAAGGAGCUCAAGGACUUCCUGAAAGAAGUGAACAUCGAAGUUGAUGACUAUCAUGCCAAGAAAAUUUUCCAGCACUGUGACAAGUCCAAAACAGAGGCUCUGGAGGAUGAUGAGAUAGAGGAGUUUUACAAGAUACUAACAGAGAGGAAGGAAAUAGACAACAUCUUCCAAAAGUACUCAGAUGCAGAAGGGUUCAUGUCCUGCCAGAAUCUGGUGAGGUUCCUCUAUGAGACGCAACAAGAAGAAGAUGCUGUUGUUGCUGCCCCUGCCUUAAUUCAGAGAUAUGAACCCAAUGAAAGAGCCAAGAGGGGUAACGCCAUGACCAAGGAUGGUUUCCUGAUGUACCUGCUGUCUGAUGAUGGGAAUAUAUUCAACUCCUCCCACCGUAAAGUUUACCAGGACAUGACUCAACCUCUCAGUCACUACUUGGUGUCAUCUUCACACAAUACCUAUCUUAUGGAAGACCAGCUCACAGGUCCAAGCAGUACAGAAGCCUAUAUCAGAGCCCUCACCAAAGGCUGCCGCUGUGUGGAACUGGAUUGCUGGGAUGGCCCUAACUCGGAACCCGUCAUUUAUCAUGGCUACACUCUCACCUCCAAGAUCCUCUUCAGUGAUGUCAUUAAGGCCAUCAAGAACUAUGCUUUCAAAACCUCGCCAUACCCUGUCAUCAUCUCCCUGGAGAACCACUGCAGCGUUGACCAGCAGAAGGUCAUGGCUCAGCACAUGACGACGAUCCUGCAGGACAUGCUCUUGGUUGCCCCAGUCGAUGGAAACAAAUCCCAGUUCCCCUCCCCAGAG